AAAGAUAUUCACAUCAUCCUGGGUCCCCCAAGCACUGGAAAAACUGCUUUAAUGCACGAGGUAGUGAGUGAUGCUGGCAUGAACCCUCUAUUUAUUGACCUCAGACUGUGCAACACACCAAUGUCCUUAUACUAUUUAAUUAUCGAACAAUACAAAGCGUUUUAUGACAAACUCAAAGCUUUGUCCAAGGGUGUUAAGGCAGUCAAUAUGGCGAGUUAUGAAAUCCAAUUUAACGAAUUGACCUCUGGAGUUACUGCUGAGACAGCAGUUACUCGUCUGCUUGGCGAAAUUAGUGGUAGGCUUCUGCAAUGGAGAUGGUGGAGUGGCAUGGAUGUACCACCACCCAUCCUUGUCAUCGAUGAGGCAAAUAGGUUUGGCCAGUUGGGUGAAGCAUCACCUGAAUCUGCUAGGUUCGUUCAGACAUUUCUUCAGUGGAUGGUGCUGAAUACAAAACAAGAACGAAAGUUUCAUAUAAUCCUCACCUCCUCUGAUUCAUUCUUUAUAAACUGGAUCCGAAAAUAUAUGAAUAUUAUUCAUUUUGAGCCAUAUGUUGUUGGUGAUUUGUCCAAAGAGGAUGCUGAAAUUUUUUUCGAAAAACAUGUAAACCUUCUGUCUGCGAAGAGCUCACAGGGCAGUUUCACCGCAUUCAUAGAAUUACAGGCACUCGCAUGUUUCUUAUUGAACAGUAUGUCAAUCAAUACUCAGUUCAAGGAAAAUUUGAAGAUCACUUAUUUGCCUAUUACUCAAGCACUUAUGAUCAAUUACAAACCUCCUGAGACUCUUAAGGGUAUAAAGAAGCCUGCUCCAGCUUGGCAGCAGGGUGACUUUAUUAAAGCCAUGCGAUUUAUUGUGAAGAAUGCGGAUCAAGGAUUUGUUGCAGAAAUGGAUUUGAUAAGAGAGAUUGGUGCAAGAAAACUUCUAUCCCUUGUUUACUACAACUUUCUGCAUCGUCAACCAACUUCCAUCUACACCUUUGACAUGGUCAACCCACCAAAUAUACCAAUUUUGACCCCAAUGAGUCAGCCAGCAUUGCGCGUGAUGGAAGAUCUCUUGAUGGUUAAGCUUAGCAUA